ACAAGUCGAAGAUUGAAGAGAUCAUCCAAAACGCACUCAAACAAGGUAGCUUUUCUAUCUUCCUCUCUAAACCCAACCAAAUAUAACAACAUGGGAUCAGAAACACCUCUCAAACUUCCCACCAUAGAUUUCUCCAUGCAAAACCUCAAGCCAGGCACCACCGAGUGGGACUCAAUUAGAGCUCGAGUCCACUUUGCACUCGAAGAGUAUGGUUGCUUCGAGGCUUUGUUUAACAAAGUUCCUUCAGAUGUUCGAAAAGGCAUAUUUGAAGCAACAGAAGAGCUUUUCGACCUCCCUUUACAAACCAAAUUGCGAAACGUUUCUCAAAAGCCCUUUCAUGGCUAUGUCGGGCAAUACCCCAUGGUGCCCCUAUAUGAGAGCAUGGGUAUUGAGGAAGCAACCGUCGAUGGACAAGUUCAAAGUUUCACAAACAUUUUUUGGCCUCAACAAAACCCAAAUUUUAGCAAAACUGUUCAUUCCUUCUCGGAGAAACUAUCUGAGCUGGAUCAAAUUAUAAGGAGAAUGAUUUUGGAGAGCUUGGGACUUGAGAAAUACCUGGAGGAACACAUAGGGUCAACAAACUACCUUCUUCGAGUCAUGAAAUAUAAGGGGCCUCAAACCAGCGAGACUAAGCUGGGCUUAAACUCCCACACAGAUAAGAACAUUGUCACCAUUCUGCACCAAAACCAAGUUGAAGGACUAGAGGUGCAAACCAAAGAUGGGAAAUGGAUCAAUGUUAAACCUUCGCCGGAGUCAUUUAUCGCCAUGAUUGGCGAUUCUCUCUAUGCAUGGACAAAUGGUCGACUACAUUCUCCACAUCAUCGAGUGAUGAUGACCGGAAAUGAGGCUAGGUACUCCACUGGAUUGUUCUCUAUCCCAAAAGCAGGUUACAUAAUAAAAGCCCCAGAAGAGGUUGUGGAUGAAGAGCAUCCUCUGCUUUUCAAGCCAUUCGAUCAUGUCGAGUUUCUUGGAUUUUACUAUUCAGAGGCUGGUCAGAGAGCUCAAUCUGCUUUGAAGACUUAUUGUGGUGUCCAAAACUAGAUAAUAUAGCAGGCUAGCUUUGUGUGAUUUAAUUACAUUUUCUGUAAUUAUACUAUACGAGGUGCAUAUAUAGCAAUAUAGUAUAUAUAUAUGUGUGUAUUUGAGAGAGAGAGAGAGAAUCAACUGCAUGUAAUAACAUAUCAACUUUAUCUAUUAUCUAUGUUUGUUUGAACUGAGGGAAAAAAAUUCAUGGGUGCGAUUAAUGUUU